GCAAAAAGAAGACUCGGGGAAAGUGUCGCGGCAGGAAGGAGAUGCUGGGAUCUGAUUGAACAGGUUAGGCAGUCCGUGGGAGGCAUCUGAACCUGCACGCCUUUAAUAGAGUCCUUCUGGAAUGGGUGUGCGCGCGUGCACGCCCUGCGUGCAUGUGAGAGUGUUUACUCGCCAGCGCGUGUGCCUGUUGCGGGGAGUGAGUGGGAGGGGGCUGCUGCUAGGUGAGGGGAGCUGCAGGAUCUCAGUUGCCAAGUAGCUGGUAGUAUCUGUCAGCUGUCUGCACACUGUUUACCCAUCGGGGAUCUAUUACAAGUGCUCGAAUGAACCGGCGGCUUGGGAACUAGCAGCUUCCUGGGAGCUGCCGUUACAUAAGCAUAUAUAUUUAAUAUAAUUGCCGAACAAGUAGCAGCACUAUGCCUGGAUCAGCUACAGCUAUCCGACAAGAGAGGCUGAAGAAGACCCACGCAAGGACAAUUCCCCUUGGUUUAUUCACCAUUAAUGAGGAAGAUGAGCUGCAAAAGAAUGGAAAUUCCAGAAGACCCAAAGCGUCUGAUGCCUAUAAAGUACAGGACAAGAAAACUGCCCUCAGCCGCCUCUCUUCUGCAGUUUCAGGACAAAAUAGCAACCACUCAGGAAAUAAGCCAGAUCCCCCGCCUGUGCUACGGGUUGAUGACCGGCAGCGUCUGGCCAGGGAGCGCCGCGAGGAACGAGAAAAACAGCUAGCUGCACGAGAAAUCAUCUGGCUAGAGAGAGAAGAGCGAGCCCGGCAGCACUAUGAAAGGCACCUGGAAGCACGGAAGAAGAAGCUGGAGGACCAGCGGCUGAAGGAAGAGCGGAGGAGGGCAGCGGUGGAGGAGAAGCGAAGACAGAGGCUGGAGGAGGACAAGGAGCGCCAUGAAGCUGUUGUGCGACGGACGAUGGAAAGGAGCCAGAAGCCAAAGCAGAAGCACAGCCGGUGGUCGUGGGGAGGCCCUCUCCACGGGAGCCCCGGAAUGCCCAGCGCAGAUCCAGACAGGAGGUCAGUUUCCACCAUGAAUCUUUCGAAACAUGUCGAUCCCGUCAUUAGCAAGCGGCUCUCGUCCUCAUCUGCAACUUUGCUAAAUUCUCCAGAUAGAGCUCGCCGCCUGCAGCUCAGCCCCUGGGAGAGCAGCGUUGUUAGCAGACUGCUGACGCCCACGCACUCGUUCCUGGCCAGGAGUAAAAGCACGGCUGCCUUGUCUGGAGACACAGCAUCUUCCAGCCCCAUCGUCACGCCCUUGAAAGCUGCACACUCUAGAAACACAGUGGAUCGACCAAAACUCUUUGUCACACCACCUGAGGGCUCUGCACGGAGGAGGACCAUUCACGGACCAGCGAGCCAUAAAAGAGAGCGAGACCGAGAACACGGUCCCUUCCAUGUCUCCUCCGGCUUCCGACGGACUCAGUCUCCAUCUCAUCCCAAAGCAAGAGCUCCAGCUCCGGCCCGCCUUCGGCUCCCAUCCAAGUCUAUGCCUCACUUGCCUGGCGCACCCCGGCCAGCAUCCACCUUGCCUCCAGGCUCAGUCAAAGCCGCUUCCACUCAGGCCCAUCACCCAUCACCUGGCAACAUCCGCCCUGUCAAGAGAGAAAUCAAAUUGGAGGCUGAGAAAAAAGACCCGGAGAAGAGAGUUGCCAACGAGCCAUCUGUAAAGGGCAGAGCACCCCUAGUGAAGGUGGAGGAGGUCACAGCUGAAGAGGGGACACCUGCAGAGCCAGCUGACGCUAGUAAGGAUGGACCACCUACUGUUCCGGCCCCGGCCCCGGCCCCGGCCCCAGCUCCAGCUACGGACCCGGCCCCAGACCCAGCACCAUCAUCCACUGUGGCUGGUGGUGUUCCUAAGACUUCCGCAGGCACCACUGACCCUGAAGAAGCUACGAGGCUACUGGCUGAGAAGAGGAGGCUAGCCAGAGAGCAAAGGGAGAAGGAGGAGAAGGAGAGGAAGGAGAAGGAGGAGCUGGAAAGACAAAAGAUAGAGGAACUGUCCCGAAGGAUGGCAGAAGAGCGAAGCCGCAGGGAAGAGGAGUCACGCAGGCUGGAAGCAGAGCAGGCUCGAGAGAAAGAGGAGCUGGCACUGCGUCUGGCUGAGGAAGAGCGGGAGCGGUGGGAGAGGGAGGAAGUGGAGCGCCUGCAGAAGCAGAAAGAAGAAGAAGCCCGAGCCAGGGAGGAGGCAGAGAGGGCCCGGCAAGAACGAGAGAAGCAUUUCCAGAGAGAGGAACAGGAACGCCUGGAGAGGAAGAAGCGCCUUGAAGAGAUUAUGAGAAGAACCAGGAGACCGGAGACAGCAGAUAAGAAAACCGCCGAGCAAAGAAAUGGUGACAUAGCCAAAGGAGUUCUCACUGGAGAAACAGAGGUGUCUGCACUACCAAGUAUGAACUCUCCAGGAAAUGGGGACUCUGCAGACAGCCCACGUGGAGUGGCUUUACAACCGUCAAAAGUGACCACAGAGAGUUCUCUGAUUUUGGAAGAACAGCCAAAUGAAAAUGGAAUGUCUGUACAAAAUGAAAAUUUUGAAGAAAUUAUAAACUUACCUGUUGGAUCAAAAGCAUCCAGAUUAGAUAUCACCAAUGACGAGAGCCCAGAAAUUCCUUUGAAACCAAUUUUGGCCUUUAGUGACGAAGGGACACUUGGGCCACUACCUCAGGUAGAUGGUGUGCAAACACAGCAGACCGCAGAAGUUAUAUGAGCGUUCCCUCCGAAGAACCAAAGCAGACUAAUGGAAUUUCUACAACGAAUGGAAUUUCAGGCUGCAAAGGAGCACCUCCCUCAACUUUUCUAUAGACUUCUUGACCAUCAUUUUGAAAGACUUAUUAAAGCCAGCUAAAAACAACAGCCUGGGUCGCUUUUCUAAUCAUUGUCGCCAAUUGAGAGAACUGCUCCUUUAUCUUGACGCCCCAAGAUGGCUUUUUCCAGAGUGCGCCUUCCUAGUAAAUCAAUAUUUUUCUGCAUUCUUAAAAAAAAAAAAAAAAAAAAAAGGAGCAUUUGACUAUAAAAAGAAAUGGACUGACAAGGCAUGAUUUUUUUCACACUGAUCUUUUCAUUUUUAAACUUCAAUAUAUAAAAUUGGCAAAAG